AUGUCCGAAUUACAUCUAUCACAAUCAGAUUCAUUCAACAAUCAGUUGCUACCAGAAGCUCAGAAUAGCAACGAUAUUGCCAUUCAUAAUUUACCAAGUACAGAGCCAGAAGUUUUACCUCAAGUUGUCAUUGAUAAUAGCAGUGAAGAAGUCCUUAAUAAGAAGGGUAGGAAGAGGAAGUCAACAGUGUGGGAGUAUUUUGUUGAGGCAAUCUUUCCAAUUAAAGGGAUACAAACUACUUUUUGGCAGUGCAUUUGCUGUCGAACAAAAUUUCAAAAAUCUAAAACAGGAACUACUUCUCAACCUCUAUGUCAUGUGAGGGAAUGUGGAAAAAUCAAAGCUAAAAAUAAGGAAGUGGUUGGUCUUGCCGAAAAAAGACAAAAAUUGUUGAAUUUUAUGCCAACUGAUUUUGAUGCAGAUGUUGAGAUUCCAGUUUUUCACAAUUCAAAAAAUUAUGAUCAACACAAGAUUAGAGAGAUAAUCUCCAAAAUGAUUAUAGUGCAUGAGUAUCCUUUUAAUAUUGUUGAGCAUACAUGGUUUAACAUUUUAUUGAAGUCCUUAAACCCUAAUUAUGAGAAAGUUUCAAGGAACACAAUAAAAACUGAUUGCAUGAAACUUUAUGAGAUCGAAAAAGAGAAGCUCAAAAAGCAAUUUAGGGAUAUUCACAGGUUUUCAUUAACCUUUGAUUGUUGGACUUCCAAUCAAACAAUUGGAUAUAUGUGUUUAACUGCUCAUUACAUUGAUCAUAAUUGGAAGAUGCAAAAACGAAUUAUUAAUUUCAUUGAAUUGGAUCCGCCUCAUACUGGCACAUUCAUUUGUGAUGUCAUUUGUGAUUGCUUGUUAGAGUGGAAGAUACAGGACAAAGUAUUUGCUUACUAUGCAAAUCGAGAUAAUAAUUUCAGUUGGUUGCCUUCAGAUUUAGAUUGGAAGAAAUAUGACAAAAUCAGAAAAUUUCUCGUUAUUUUUAAUAAUGUGACAAAAACGAUUCCAGCUCUCUUGGAUCCUCGUUGGAAAAUGAAGUUCAUACAUUUUACUUUUAGCAAGAUGUACACACCUGUUGAAUUAGACUCCAAAAUUAAACAAGUUGAGGAUGUUAUGUUGCAAAUUUACAAUACGUAUGCAAGCAAUAUUGCUAGUUCUAGUUCCGCAAUUGGCAAUGUUUCUUUGGAGUUGCAAAGUGAUUCGGUUAAUUCACAAAGUUAUGAUUGCAUGCUUGCAUUUACUGAUUAUGUUCUUUCAUCUGGUUCCAUUCAACCAUCAAAAUCAGAUUUACAAGUCUAUCUCGAAGAGGGUCUUUUUUUGGCCAAUACUGAACAUUUUGAUAUUCUUGAUUCGUGGAAGUUGAACACUCUCAAGUAUCCUUGCUUAUCGAAAAUGGCUAGGGAUAUAUUAUCGGUUCUAAUAACAAUAGUUUCCUCUGAAUCUGCAUUUAGUAUUGGUGGAAGAGUUCUAAAUGACUAUAGAAGUUCACUUUCGUCAAAAACAGUGAGUGCAUUAGUAUGCUCGUCUAGUUAG